GGCACACGUCGACGUCACUCUCUGCUGCUGCCUGGCAUUUUCCGAUUCCUUGAACGGAACAAUCUCCAUCGGCAUGUUCCUCCGCUACAGCCAAAGUCAGAGAUAGUCUUCCCUCUCUCUCUCUCUCUCUCCCUCGCUGCAAAUUUUCCCGGGAAGCAAGUGGGGCAGGAGAGGGCAUUUUCUCGGGGAAGCCAUGUCCGACGCUCUGAUCAACGGGCUCGCCGGAGCCGGCGGUGGGAUCAUCGCCCAGCUCAUCACGUAUCCUCUCCAAACUGUAAAUACGAGGCAGCAGACGGAGCGUGAUCUCAAGAAGGAGAAGAGGAAAAUCGGCCCCGUCGAGCAAAUGUGUCAGGUGGUAAAGCACGAGGGAUGGGAACGGUUAUAUGGGGGGUUAACGCCAUCUCUGGUCGGCACGGCGGCCUCUCAGGGUGUUUACUAUUAUUUCUAUCAAAUAUUCAGGAAGAAAGCAGAACUUGCAGCAAUUGAAAGAAAGCAAAAAGGAGUAGGAGAUGGAACAGUUGGAAUGUUCUCAUCACUCGUGGUGGCAGCUUUGUCUGGGUGUGUAAAUGUGCUGCUGACAAAUCCAAUAUGGGUAGUUGUAACUCGCAUGCAGACUCACACACAAGCAUCGAAGAAGGUGCAUUCUGAUUGUGAGCCAUUACCAGAAGCAGCAGUUCUUGCUACAAUAGAGCCGCCUCCCUAUGGGACUGGCCAUGCCAUUCAAGAAGUCUAUGAUGAAGCUGGAGUUCGGGGUUUCUGGAAAGGAGUAUUCCCUACACUGAUUAUGGUAAGUAACCCCUCAAUACAGUUUAUGCUGUAUGAAACCAUGUUGAAAAAGUUGAGGAAGAGACGAGCUCUGAAUGGAAAGAAUGACGUAACUGCAUUGGAGAUCUUUCUCCUGGGAGCCUUAGCAAAGCUUGGAGCCACUGUGGUGACUUAUCCUCUUCUAGUGGUUAAGUCGAGGCUUCAAGCUAAGCAAGUUACUACUGGAGACAAAAGGCAUCAUUACAAAGGUACACUAGAUGCAAUAUUGAAGAUGAUUCAGUAUGAAGGCUUGUCAGGUUUCUACAAAGGAAUGAGCACGAAAAUUGUCCAAAGCGUGCUCGCAGCUGCUGUUCUCUUCAUGGUCAAGGAAGAGCUAGUCCGGAGCAUUCGACUCCUGCUGAUCAAAGAUGCCAUCAAUAUAGUAACAUCAAAAGCCCAUUGAUCACUCCCUAAAUCAUGGGAUUGCUGACUUAGGAAGUUCAUUCAUAAUGGAUUCUUCGUUCAAACUCAGAAAUAAGAGAAUGUAAGAAAGAUGUUCUGAAAGCAAUAUCAUCAUAUUCAUUAGAUGCAUUUUGAAAAAGAAAGAUCAUAACCAAAUUGUUCUCUUCAACUGCAAUGUCUUUGCCUUUCCUCGCUUGACGAUGGCUAUAGCUCGGGAUCAGCCUUCGAAAGGUUAGGUUGGAGAGGUAAGGCAAAUUGGAAGGUCAGGCUUUGUUUGGAUGGAGGGAAAGGGAGGCUCCCAUUCCCUCCAUUUUCCGCUAGCCAAAGGAAGGGCUACACUAGAGCAUUACUACAACAUUGGGUGAAAUAUUGUAUGAAUUUUUCGGUAUUGAAGAUGAAUUCAUCUCAUUUUCAUACUAGUA